CGUUAACUACCAAUAAUAAAAUGAUUUCAGGAAUGUCUACUUAUAAUUUAUAUCGGCUAAUUUCAUUUGCUGUGACCAACACAUUGCCCCCUCUACUUGAUAUUUGACAUUAAAUUUGAAUAAUUUGUAAGUAUUUAAGCUAAUCUUUACCAACUUGAGAUGAAUUUAUCCUUUAACCAACAUCUAACAUUGUAAGUGUUUUAUUGUUUCCUUUUCUUUAUCUUUUUAUUUGAUUUAUCUUUUAUCUCAUUGAAAUAUCAUCAUCACCAUCAUCUUCUGACCACAAGUAACAUCAGUAACUUUUUUAUUCAUGUUUAAUUUUGUUUUCUAAUUUUAAAUAUUCUCAUCAACAUGUCUGCUGUCUUAGAGGAUCAAUUUAUACGUUGCUUCAAAUUUGAUCAUCAAGAAAAAAAUCUUUGUGUUGGUACAAGAAAUGGGCUUCGCAACAUAAAAUUUUCAAAUCCUUUAGAACUCAGAUGUCAGGCAAAACUGUAUGGAGUAGAAGUCUAUCUCCUCGAAUUAAUGCCAGGCACCAAUGUAAUAGCUUAUGUGACCGAUGAAGAAAGGAACAGACUAUGCUUUUGUAAUUUUAGAGGCGAACUAUACGUUCAUGAACCAAUGUACUAUGCUCGACCUAUUGUUCGCGUUAAAGGGAGUAAAGAACGAGUUAUGGUAGUGGUUGAAGAUACUAUUUUCAUCUACAAUAACAUUGAAAAUUUGAAGCUUAUAAACGAGAUCUCUUUAUCAGGAAUAAUCUCAGAAACCAUUGUUGAUCUUUCUGAGCAUCCAGUAAACAGUUAUGUUGCCUAUCCAAAGUUUGAUAAAGUUGGGCAUUUCAUUCUUGAUGAUUCCGGCGCACCAAGCAAUAAUAAAAACAAAAUUAUUCAAGCCCAUGAUAGUCCACUUGUUGCAAUAACCUUUGAUCCAAAUGGAAGGACCGUGGCAAGUGCUAGUGAACAUGGAAUCCUAAUAAAAGUUCAUCGUGCUUUCAAUGGGGAAUGUGUGUACGAAUUCAAACGAGGAGUAACCUUGAAUAUUACAAUAACUUCACUUUCGUUUUCUAAAGAUGCGAAAUUCCUUUGUGCUAAUGAUACAACAAAUAACUUAAAAAUUUAUAAGUUGGAUUAUUCAGCGUCUAUUGUCAACACAGGAUCAUCCUGGUUUCGGGAAAGGUUCCAGUCACUUGCUGAGUCUAUUUUGCCUGAAAAUGCAUCUAAACUGUUAUUCGACGAAAAUCCAUUUGCUCGUGCCAAAUUACCAGAAAGCAGUGCUUGCAAGUCAAUGUGUACCAUAUAUAGAGAUGAAAAAGGUAUUAGUCAUCUUUUAGUUGUAAAUACGGAUGGUCUUGUAUAUACGUACUCGAUGGAUGCCGCAAAUGGAGGUCAAUGUGAAUUGUUAAAGUCUUUCAGUAUUGCAGCUAACAGAUACGUUGAAAAUGCAGCUGAUACUUGGGUCAUGGUUUGAAUAUAAACUUCAUGGUACGGGACGUUAUGGCUUUGAUCUCAAUGGCACUCAUUCCAAAGAUUUUAUGUUUUUUAAAUUACAUUUUAGGUAAGCUCAUAUCAUUGAAAUUUGUUUAAAGCGAAAUUGAUUGGUCGAAUUGGCGCCAUGAAGACUUGAUUAUAGCGCAAUCCACAUCUUAAAAUCUCUUUUUCUUAAUCUUGUACAUAACCUAUUUGUAAAGCUGAUUUACCAGCCUAUAUAAAGUACAUAUGGAUCCUAAUCAAAACGCAACUUCAAAUAAAUUGUAUACUUGUGCACUGAUA